AUGGCAAAAGUUCCCGAUUCCUUGAUCCAACCGGUGACAAAAAUCUUGCUUGGAGUAGCUGUUAUAACCGUCUUGAUAACCUUGGUUUUGAGAGAUCCUCCACAUUUUUACUCGGAUGAGGAAGAGAACCGGAGAUUUGCUGAAAAAUAUCAACUGAAUUUUGAUGAUGAAGCAAGUGACGCUCAUCUGGACGUCGUCAUAACUGUAAUUGGCGACAAGCUGCACUGA